AUGACCGAAUCAUUCCCUGUUACAACUGGGGUACGUCAAGUUUGUCUUCUCUCUCAUCUCCUUUUCCUAGUUGACUGGGUUGGUAAAUCAGCCUACAAAGAUCCAAAAGGCAUCGGAUGGACCCUCACAACUCGUCUUGAAGAUCUCGAAUUUGCUGAUGACAUUUGUGCACUAUCCCAUCGCUUUCAAGAUGCUCAACAUCAGACCAAAAGUUUUGAAACAGUAGCAAAACAAACAGGCCUAUACAUCAACGCACCGAAAACUAAGUCAAUGAGGCUAAAUACAAACCAGCAAGAUUGUCUCGAGAUCGACGACUCUACUGUUGAAGAUGUUCAACAUUUCACCUAUCUUGGAAGUAUUGUCAGUACAUCAGGAGGCACAGACAAAGACAUAUCGACAAGAAAAAAGAAAUCACAACAGGUAUUUUCCAUGCUUAAACCUGUUUGGAUGUCAUCAGUAAUGCUGUAA